CAUGGAUCUGCUGUCAGCACUGAGCCUGGGCGAGCUGGCGCUCAGCUUCUCGCGGGUGCCGCUCUUCCCAGUCUUUGACCUCAGCUACUUCAUCGUCUCGCUCAUCUACCUCAAGUAUGAGCCAGGAUCGGUCGAGCUCUCCCGGCGCCACCCCAUCGCGUCCUGGCUCUGUGCCAUGCUGCACUGCUUCGGGAGCUACAUCCUGGCUGACCUCCUGCUCGGGGAGCCCAUCAUCGACUACUUCAGCAACAACUCCAGUGUCCUGCUGGCAUCAGCAGUGUGGUACUUGAUCUUCUUCUGCCCCCUGGACCUCUUCUACAAGUGCGUCUGCUUCCUGCCCGUGAAGCUCAUCUUCGUGGCCAUGAAGGAGGUGGUGAGGGUCCGCAAGAUUGCGGUGGGCAUCCACCACGCACACCAUCACUACCACCAUGGCUGGUUUGUCAUGAUCGCCACCGGCUGGGUCAAAGGCUCUGGAGUCGCUCUCAUGUCCAAUGUUGAGCAGCUGUUCCGAGGUGUCUGGAAGCCAGAGGCCAACGAGAUCCUGCACAUGUCCUUCCCCACCAAAGCCAGCCUGUACGGAGCCGUGCUCUUCACCCUCCAGCAGACACGCUGGCUCCCCAUCUCCAAAGCCAGCCUCAUCUUCAUCUUCACCAUGUUCAUGGUGUCUUGCAAGGUGUUCCUGACAGCCACCCACUCCCACGGCUCCCCCUUUGACGUCCUGGAGGGCUACAUCUGUCCUGUGCUGUUUGGGGCAGCCUCAGGGGGUGACCAUCACCAUGAUAACCACGGAGGCCAUGGAGGGGGACACGGGGGUGCCCAUGGUGGCAGCCCAAGUGCCCUGCACUCACCCCUGCCCUCUAAGUCCAAGGAGGAGCUGAGUGAGGGCUCCAGGAAGAAGAAGGCCAAGAAAGCAGAUUAGGGGGCAUCCCGGGGGCCAUGGGCACCAAGGAGGGGAAGCUCAGACCC